AUGCGAGUAAGCGGUGAUGUACGGCGUAUCCUCGGAAGCAGCCGUCUGUACCCGAUUCCCGAAAUCGGCGUGCGGUCAUCGUUACGUCAACGUUACGCGCUAUCCGAUGUGCGUAACGUGGCUCACACGUCGGACGCCGAAGCUGCCCAGCGUGAACUGGCCCUCUUUGAGCCGCUUCCACCUCCGGAACCGUUACUGAAUGAAAUUCUCACGUGA